UCCGAAAUAUGAUUUGUGUUCUAUCUUUUAUUUACGCUAUUUUUCUACGUAUGCGAUGAGGGGGUAAAGGUUGUUAGAAGCAAAAAAUUUUCUGUUUUACCAUUAUCCAUCAAGAAUUAUUUAAUUAGUAACAAAUUAUUUAUUGCAUUGGAAUGUGAAAGAUUUUGGAAUUCAGUUUCUAGUUCUGUCAAUUAAAAUAAAAUUAAUCACGUGGAAAGCUUGUGGCAGAGUACAUUUUAUCUCAUCUGAUAAAGGCAAGACAUUGAGAGAUACACAAAUAAAAGCCAUUUGAGCCUAUUCCAGUCAUGAAUAUUCCGGGUUCUACAGAUAUUAUUAUUCUUGCCGGUAACUCUCAUCCUGAUUUGGCUCAAAAAAUUGCCAGUCGGCUUGGUAUCCGAGUUGGGAACUGUUCAGUAAUCCAUGCUGCCAACAGAGAAACCUUGGUUGAUAUUGGUGAGUCAGUUCGCGGAAGAGAUGUUUAUAUUCUUCAGACUGGUACUAAGGACGUGAAUAACAAUAUCAUGGAAUUAUUGAUAAUGGCUUAUGCUUGCAAAACGUCCUGUGCCAGGAAGAUAGUCGGAGUGAUACCUUACUUGCCGUACAGUAAGCAGAGCAAGAUGAGGAAACGUGGCUGCAUUGUUUCCAAACUGUUGGCCAAAAUGAUGUGUAAUGCUGGUAAAUAAGAAAUAAUUUAUUAA